UCGCUCAGUGCGACGGGUGACGUCAACCGACCGUGACGCGACCCCCCCACCCCCCCGGGCGGUGACGCCAUGCGCACGGGGCCGCCGCCCUUCCCUGCCCAAGAUGGCCGUGGAGCGUCUCGAGCAGCGACGCCGCGGCCCCCUCCUUCCGUAGCCGCAGUGCCCCGAUUAGCCGCGCCGAGACUCCCGCUCCUCGCAGGGGCCACCACCUCCACCACCAACCCCUCCCUCCCUCCCCGGACCCCGAAGCCCCUGGGCAACGCACGGAGCUCGGGACCCCCACUCGGCAUCAAGGUAGCGGAGCCUGCUGCGAGCCAGGGUUCAGUGGAAGAACGAAAGAGACACUCCGAGCCUCAAGUCAACCGGGAAUGGCGGCGGCGGCGGUGGCUAUGCCGGGCGGCGGUGUGGCGUUGUUGGGGCCGGACCCGCGGGCGGACUUCCCCGCGUGGCUGGCAGCCCAGGGCAUGAAGCUGCCGUUCGCCCAGGCCAUGGAGCGGGAGCUGGGGAUCGGGGACUACGAGGAUCUGCUGGCGUGCGCCGAGCCCCCGCUCGUGCGGGCCGAGCUUUUCUCGGCGGCGCGCCAGCGCCUGCCCUUCGCCUUCUACGCCGUGCUGCGCCGCACGCUCGAGGCGCUGGCGCCACACGCCGUGUCCCGGCACCACGACCCCACGGUGUACGCGUCUGCCGAGACGCCAACGGGGCGCCAGCAGCAGCAACAGCAUCCAUCGCUGGGCGGCCUCCUCGACGUGAUGGUGGCGCAACUCACGAGCCUGAGCCGUGAGCUGGCGCUCUUCGCCGCGCGCCUCAGCUCCCUGGACCCGGCCGUCGGGCACCAGGCCGGGCUGCUGGCGGAACACGACGAGCCCAGCCCCUUCGCAGAGGGAGAGGUUGGGCGCUCCGAGGCCGACGAAGAGGAGGAUGAGGACGAGGUGGCGGUGGCCAGCGGCAAUGACGGCGCCGAGGGUGUGUACGGCCUGGAGCACGGCUGGGGGGCGCACGCGCCAACCGUGCCGGUGGAGCGUCCCCCGAGCCCCGUGGAGCCGGACGCCCCCCCGUUCCACGACGGAGACGGCGACGGCAGCGACCGCAAGGUCAAGAUGGAGCGCGACGACUCCUGUGAUGCAGGAGGCCAGGUUUGCAUUGGAGCAACCCCGGGCCCAGCAGGGGGCGUGCGCAGCAGGGGGGGCUGGGACCGGCAGGAGCCCCUGGGGGGCCCCGCGUCUGAAGGCCCCGCCUCCCGCGGGGGGCCCCUCCCCUGCGUGGGCCCCGCCUCUGGGCAGAUGGAGCAGUCCGAGGGGAUGUCCAGAGAGGGGCUGGGGGAGACGUACGGCAGCCUCGACACGGACGCGUACAGCUUCGUGUCGGAUGCCCCGGUCGGCCCAAGCUUCCCGCUGGCCCCGCUGCCCCCUCCUGCCACGUCGCGCUGGUGCCGCUCCUCGUCGUCGUCGCUCACGCUGCCGUCGCUGCCCCUGCCGCUGGCGCUGCCCCUGUCAGAGCGGCCGUUCGCCUGCGGCGUGUGUGGCCAGCGCUUCCGCCACAACUGCCAGCUGCGCGUGCACGCGCGCAUCCACGCGGGGGAGAAGCCGUACGCGUGCGGGCAGUGCGGCCGCACCUUCUCGCAGGCGGGCCACCUGCUGUACCACUCGCGCACGCACACGGGCGAGCGCCCCCACGUGUGCAACGUGUGCGGCAAGGCCUUCACGCAGUCGUCCAACCUUAACCGGCACAAGCGCACGCAUCGCAACGACGCCGGGCCCGCCGGGCUCUAGCCCGCCGCUUGCCCGGGCCCUCCCUCCUCCGCGCUGGGCUGACUCCCCCCCCCCCCCCCCCCCCACCUUGAAACUACCAGGUCCUACCGCCAACCCGAAACCGCCGGGUUUUGCCGUCCCUCCUGACUUGACUACCGGCGGGGGGGCCCAUCAGUCUCUUGGGGGGCGCCAACUGGGCCCCGCCGACCGCACACCGAAACGCCGGAGGCUCUAUCGUGAACGAUGCGUCGAUUCCGCUGCUCGCAGUGCUGCAGGCGCAUCGACUCAUGCGCGAGCGAGCGGCUUACGCACGCGAUAUGCAAUUGUUACGUUACAGGCUCGGGUGGAGCAAAUAACAGCGUACAAAGUGAGGUGUGAAAAUAAAGAGAGAGGAGAAGCAAUGCAAAAACGGGACGAUCAAAACGAGACGGAAAAGUAUCGAUUUUCGAAUCGAAUCGCAAGCCUGAAUCAUCAGGCUUGUGAUUCAGGCUUGUGAUUCAGGCUUGAAUCAUCACGCGCCUAACACCAAUGGCGGUGACAUGGCCCAGCAGUAUCGUUCGCCUCUUGUUGCAAAGGUACACGGUUCGGAUUCAUCGGCUGCCCUGAUGAAUACUGCAGUGUGCAUUGACCGUAAAAAAUAUUACGUAAAAAAUUACGUUAAAUAUCACAACGGGCGUUUUGAGAUCCCGUGACGUUCGCAAGAGUAGGUCACUGCUUCCUGGCGUCGCGGUCCAAAUUUGAAACGAGACUCGUAAAUUCCUCAAUUUGGUCUAUACGUAGCAUUGGAAACGCCUGAAGAAGAAUCGUAAUACUUGAUGAGGCUUUCCUGGGUAAGUAGACGUAAUAAAAAUGCCAAAGAUGGCACUCUUAAGAGGCGACGACCUCGGCCAUCACCUUGACAAGGUGAGACACUCCUGGGCAAGAGGAGGAGAUAUUUAUAUUUACACACACAAACACGUGCCCAUACACCCUCCCGUUCGCACACCUACAUGUGUGCACGUACACCCACGGUGCGCGCGCCCUCAUCAGAACGGUCCCCGUGCUUAGGAGCGGACGCUUAAGAGCCAGGGCCUUACGGAGGCUGAGCAACUGCAACCGGAGACGGCGGCCACGGGGAUCCCCCCCCCCCCUCCUAUGUGUCUCCACCUUGUGUCUCACCGGUAUCCCCCUCUGUGUGCGCGUGUCUCUUAUCCCUCUCGUCUCGUGUCUCCUGUUGCUUCGUGUCUGCCUCGUCUCGUGUCUACGCCUCGUGUCUCAACACCCUCGCCUCUCCACGCGUGUUCACGCUCCCUCGCCGAGUCCGCCGUGCUUUUGACCGGGCGCACGUUCAAGCGGCAAUGAUCCAACGAUCCAUUUUGAAUCGUAGCGACGAUGAUUACAACGACGGCGACGAAGAUAACAGUAAAUGUAUGUUUAUUUUAACCUUAUCAUAGUUUACACAAUAAAUUCAGCGUUGUAAGGCUUCAGAA